AGCUGUGACAUUAGGAAGCUGGUGGUGUGGUGGCUUUAACAGAUGUGGCUUCACUGAAGAAAAUCUCUGAGAAAGAGCCAGUUCCCUGUGACAUUCGCGGGUUGGAUAGCUAGGAGCAACAUUUACUGGGUGUGAGAAAAUGGGGCAAAAGGCCUCACAGCACGUGGCUCUGAGGGACAGUCAGGAGGUUCUCGUCAUGUGUGAGGUGGUCAGUGCUGCUAUUUCCCACGCAGCACAGAAGCUGAAGGAGUACCUCGGGUUCGAGUAUCCGCUGAGCAGACUCUGCCUCACAGCAAGUUUUCUGGCUGAGAUUUUCCUCGUCCACUUCAUUACUUUCUGCCAGGAGAGGGGAGCGGAUGAAUGGCUCACCACCACCAAGACGUCCAAGCACCAGGCCUUGCUCUUUGGAGCAGACUGGAUUUGGACCUUCUGGGGACCCGAUAAGCAAAUACGGCUUCAGGUGGCAGUGCAGGCUCUAAGGAUGGCUUCUCUCCCUCCGAGGGACCCAAAAUCCUGUGAGUCAAGGGGAGAGGAAUCUUGGAGAAAAGGCAGAUUCGAUAAGCUGGAAGAGUUCUGUAACUUGGUAGGAGAGGACUGUCUAGGUCUGUUUAUCAUCUUUGGUGUGCCCGGAGAACCUAAAGCCAUCAGGGGCGUUGUCCUGGAGACUGUCAGAAAUGGGAUGGUGGAGAGCCAGCUGCCGGGACGCAAGGCCGUGGAGCAGUUCGUGCUGGAAACAGAGGAUUGUGUCUCCAUCAAAGAGCUGCUGGGGAACUGUCUGGAUAAAAGAGACGGGCUGAGUGACAUGGGCAAGGUUUACGUCCGCAUCCUUUAGACUGGGCAUGCUGCUGGGACUGGCCUGAAAGAUAGAAUAGGGCACUCCCCAGCACAGGGAUAUUAACCCCCUAUAUUGACUGAAAGCGAUUGAUUACCUGGGUCAAAACUUGCUAGUGCCACAAUUAUGGAAAGGGGAAAAAAAACCUAGCUGUGUCUUGGGGAACUUUAAUUUGGGAUUUGUUUAUUCAAAACUGAAAAUUGGGAGAGAAAAAUGAUAAAUUAUACAUAAAAUUUGAUUUG